CUUGCUCUCCCUCUGUCACACCCACAGUAGGUAUAGUGUCACCAAUAGCGUAAGUUAGCCUUGGUGUGCUUUUAGGCUGCACCUUUCAAGUCUUUUGAGUGAUCUAGCAGAGUCUAAGAGACAGCCUCAGCCCUCAGGUCCCAAUGCAGACGAUUCUUCAUCAGUCUUCUGGGUGACAUAGAGGCCUGCCUGCCUGCCCUACCUGGUACCUGCUUGCCUUCCUGCCUGGUGCCUCUCCUGGCCCAUCAGAAAACACCAGACACCUGCAAGCUAACAGAAGAGGAGUCUGGGCUAACUGGACCAGACAUCAUCAUCACCACUAGUCUACAUUACAUCUGUUGCUGUCCUGUCCUGUCUACACUCAGCAAUAGUCUCAUCCUUGCCAGAGACCACCCAGAGACCAGCACACCUUGGCCCAGGAGGCAGCAGCCAUGUCGAGUCAGGGGGAGAGUCUAUCAUCAGAGGGCAGCAGCUCAUUGUUACCGCCCUGCCUAGGUCUGCCCGAGAGAAACAUGGGACACAGGGCCGGGGCUGCCUGGGAGAUGGAGGACACCAAGCCCUGCAUGGAGGCUCUGGAGCAUUGUGGGUUUCCAGGCCUCUACCUGUCCUGCUUCGACAUGCUCUUUACCGAGGACUCCGCCUGGCUGGUGAAGGUGUCCGAGGCCUCCCCGGGUCUGGCCUGCGCCAUGCCUGUCCCUGUACCCAGGACGGCGCACGGAGAGGAGCCAGAGCAGUGCCCCGUCAUCGACAGCCAGGCCCUGGGGCUCUCCCCAGGGCUAGAGGGCCAGGAGGAGGAGCGAUCCCUGGAGCAGGUCCAGAGCAUGGUGGUCGGAGAGGUUCUGAAGGACAUCGAGACAGCCUGCAAGCUGCUCAACAUCACCCCAGACCCCAUGGAGUGGAGCUCGGGAAACGUUCAGAAGUGGUUGCUGUGGACAGAGCAUCUGUACAGACUGCCUCAGGCUGGAAAGACCUUCCAGGAGCAGACUGGGAAAGACCUGUGUGCCAUGAGUGAAGAGGACUUCAGGCAGAGGGUCCCUCAGUGUGGAGACACUCUGCACGCCCACCUGGACAUCUGGAAGUCAGCUGCCUGGAUGAAAGAGAGGUGUUCAGUUGGAGACAGCAAAAUCAUAGGGGGAGAAGAGCUGUGGUUGGAGGCAGACUCGUCGUGCUCAGGCCAGCCCAUCCACCUGUGGCAGUUCCUCAGAGAGCUGCUCCUCAAGCCCCACAACUACGGACGCUGCAUCCGCUGGCUCAACAAGGAGAAAGGUAUUUUCAAAAUCGAGGACUCUGCUCAUGUGGCAAGACUCUGGGGACGGAGGAAGAACCGACCAGCGAUGAACUAUGACAAGCUGAGCCGCUCCAUACGGCAGUAUUACAAGAAGGGCAUCAUCCGCAAGCCUGAUGUCUCCCAGAGACUGGUCUACCAGUUUGUCCACCCAGUAUAAGGGGAAGGAGGAGGACAAAGGCCUACAAAGAAAGGGCCACACGAUCACACCUUGGUCUUGAACAUUACACAACUAAGCUGAAAAGGGGUAAAACACAUGCACUGGCCAAUCCCUGUCAGUACACAUACCCUUUGCCAGUACGGAAGUGUCAGCUGCCAAAGCUGGCAAAUGAAGAUUUUAUUUUUCUAACGCAGAGAAUGUUAAGUGAUCUUUCUGGACUGCCC